AUGGCGGCUCGGCAAACUCCCAAAAAGCAUUUCGCGAGCGCCUCUAAGCUCAAAUCUGAGGUUAUCCUAGAUUUCCGCGAGUAUCAAGCGCCAGAUGUUUCUCAAAUUGCUGCCCUUAUGAAUGUCAACAAGACGCAGCUGAAUGAAACUUUCGCCUGUGCGCCUGUUGCUGUGGGUACUCCCAAGCUCAGCAAUACAGACUCCCCAUUCGCGUUUAUCAAAUCCAACAAUUCAAAUUCCAAUGGUUCCACUCUUGGAGUGAAGGUCUUGGAUGGGUACGACACGAGCAUUUCCAACGUGGGGAUUUUAAAUGUGUAUAAUGCAAGCGAUCUCUUUUAUGGGAUGCGCUCGCUUUGUUUUCGUUUAAAUCUUCCUGGCCUUGACAUGCCAGCGUUUUGUGUGGAUACAUGUGAUAAAGCCACGAAAAAUCCCAUUCCACCCCGAGCUGUACUAGCCGACAUCUGUCAUUCGGUCAUAGCCUACAUCGAUUCCAUCAAGAAGGCACAGGAGGAAGGAUUGCUUCCCAGCCUCGUGCAAUAUGAAAAUACACCUUUCUACACCGACGAGACCUUGACCGAACGCUAUUUUUGGGACUUUAGGACCAUCGAUUUGUCGAACUUGUACCUUCUUGGUGCUCUCAAGGAAGCGAAGUCAAGAUCGUAUGUCCUUGUGCUAGGUAUUCGCCAUCCGCGCCUCAAUGUUGAUGGUCCGGGAGUGAGAGUUAGAUACGAUGUUGUAUGA